GGCCAAGAAAAGGUUUAAACUCAAAAUCGAUGUUUAGUGGCAGAAGGUAGCAAAGAAAUAAUGGCGCAGGAGACGGAGGGCAAAGCAAGCGGAGAGCGAUGGGCCGGAGCCUUAGCAAAUCUGUCGGAGAUGGCUUCAAAUCUUGAUUCUCUCCAAAAAUUACUUCUCAAGAAAUCCGUUUUCGUCGAAGAAGAUACCUUCUCCAAAGCCUCUCUUACCUCCGAACAAGCCCGAACCAUCAAGGUUCUUGAACAAAGGGUGCAAACGCUGGAAAGAGAGGUAGAUGCCGCAAUCACGGCAGCGGCGCGUGCACGUUCGGAGAAACGACAGGCCGAGGCCGCCCAGAAGGCUGCCGAGUUGCGUGCUCUUGAGGUUACCAAAGAGCUCGAGAACACCACAAAAGUGUUUGACCUUCACAUGGAAGAGCUGCGAGCAAAGCAAGAAGAGAUCUCUAAGCGGGAUAAGGAGAUUAAGCUACUUGAAGCAAUUAUUCAAACAGUUGGUGGUAAAGAUUCUCGCUCUGGGUGAAAAAACAAACAAACAAACAAACAGAGAAUGAAAACUUCAGAUUAUCCUUUUUUGAGUCAUGUAAAAUGUUAAUCCAAAUCUUUUGCUUUUAUUGUAAUGAAAAUUUCCUAUUUAUUUUCCCAA